UAGCACAAUGACGUAAACAGCAUACAUCAUCUAUUUUAAACCACAAGAGACGCCAUUUUAGCGAAGCACGUCAUAUACAUUUCCGGAUUUGUACAGGAAGCGCGUUUACGUUGAACUGUUUGGAGGAACUCGGCAGAAAAUGAACACUCGUGGUCUUCGCUCCCAGCUCAAAGACAGCGUCCCGGUUGCGGGGCUUUGUCCACAGGCGGGAUCUUAUGGUGUUCCUGACGCCCUACGUGGGGGGUUUUCUAGUGUCAAAAACGAGCUCCUCCCUUCUCAUCCUUUAGAGCUGUCUGAAAAAAAUUUCCAGCUUAACCAGGAAAAGAUGAACUUUUCCACGUUAAGAAACAUCCAAGGACUUCACGCACCCCUGAAACUCCAGAUGGAGUACAGAGCAGCCAAACAGAUUCAACGUUUGCCUUUUCUGCCGAGCUCCAAUUUGGCUCUAGACACACUCAGAGGUGCUGAUGAGUUAAUUGGAUUUGAGGACAUCCUUAAUGAUCCUGCCCAGUGCGAGCUGAUGGGCGAACCUCACAUCAUGACCGAGUACAAACUCGGUCUGAUGUGACCACGCAUGUGUUCAGGCUUUAUAUUUUUAUUAAAAACGGAACAAACUGUUUUUUGGUCAUUAAGUAUUUUGACCAACUUGAUUAGUUCCACUCUUGUGUUUUUUCUGUUUCUAAUAAAAAUGAAAACAAUUCAA